CGGAACACAUUCCUCGAGAGGCGAAUGAGGAAUACCCUUCGACCGGUUAUUCUUUUUUUUUUUUUGUUUCGCACGAUUAUAUUAUUAGUCGCCUCGAAACAGGUUCCUACAACCAAAGAUUGCGGCAGUUGCUUAAUCGAGACGCCGAAGAUGAGCUACGCUUUCAUUAAUUAAGUAACAUGUUGUGUUGUAAGCGGCAAACACAGGCACGUCCUGCUUUUCGUCACCUCAUUUGCAGCGACAAGAGCGCGGUGUGCAAUGUGAAAGGAGGAGGAACUCUUUAGACAAGAAUCAUAAAAUGAGCGGCUGGAGUGGAGCAAGACAAGGGCAUAGUGUGCGUGCCGGUAUGGUAUCGUGAAGGAGGGGAUGUCUCGCGCGUCCCACGAUAUACUAAAGGCCUUCGUUCCCCUACGGCUAUGCCAGAAUCGCAGUCAGUGUCAGUCAUCGCGCGAAAGUGCCUCGGACUUCUUCAGAUCAAAAUCGAUCGCAAUCUACUGAAUUGUUUGACGCUUAGCCUGGAUCAGGGAAAAUGACGGCAGACUGGAGGGCCAUUUUUGUAACCGGAGGCGCCGGUUACAUCGGCAGUCAUUGCAUCGUCGAACUCUUAGAGCGCGGAUACGAUGUGGUGGCUAUUGAUAACUUUGCAAACAGCGUGACAGAAACUGACGGCGAGUCGGCGGCGCUCAAAAGAGUUGAACAAAUAACGGGGAAGAAAGUCACGUUUUACAACUGCGAUUUGCUUGACAGAGAGAAGCUUGAGAUCAUCUUUAAUCAGCACAAAAUAGAUUGCGUAAUACAUUUCGCGGCUAUCAAAGCCGUUGGUGAGUCGAUGCAAGUCCCGCUUCAUUAUUAUCGGAACAACAUAAUAGGAGCUAUUAAUCUGCUUGAGGUGAUGAAAGCGGCCGGCUGCUUUCAGCUUGUAUUCAGUAGCUCUUGCACAGUUUACGGCGAGCCUACAGAAUUGCCAAUCACGGAAGAACAUGAAACCGGUAAUAUCACCAACGUGUACGGUCGGACAAAGUAUUUUAUUGAAGAGAUGCUCAAGGAUAUAUCCAGAGCUGAAAAGAGUUGGAACAUAAUAUCCCUAAGAUACUUCAAUCCAGUAGGUGCUCAUCGAUCGGGAUUGAUCGGGGAGGACCCGACGAAACCGUUCACGAAUCUGAUGCCGUAUAUCGCUCAAGUCGCUUUGAGGCAUAAGCCGGAGCUGAUUAUAUUUGGUGGUGAUUAUCCUACGGAUGAUGGCACAGGCGUCCGUGAUUACAUUCACGUAAUGGACUUGGCAGCCGGCCACGUAGCGGCUUUAAACGCUUUGCACAAACAACACCUCAGGCUAAAGAUCUAUAACUUAGGCACCGGUAAAGGUGUAACUGUUCUAGAAUUAAUAAAAACAUUUGAGAAAGUCACCGGUGCCACUGUGCCGUAUAUUAUAAAGGAGAGAAGAGAGGGCGAUAUUGUGUCUAUGUACGCCAACACCGAUUUGGCAAAAAAAGAAUUGGGCUGGACGGCAAAAUAUAAUGUCGAGCAAAUGUGUCAAGACUUCUGGAGGUGGCAAAAAAUGAAUCCAUACGGUUAUCGAACUUCAGUAAAGAAUGGAACUACUGAGCACCUUAAUAAUACAUCGUAACAGUAAAGUUAUAAAAAAUUUGUAUCGAGGAAAUCAUGCAAAUAAUUUAUAAUAAAAGAUCGAUAUGCG